AUGUCGCCCCGGCCAGAUACUCGGAGGAAACUAACGGUUUUGACCGUUCACGAGCGGAUGAAGAUUAUUGAAAAGCACGCAGCUGGCUGGAAGAUCGGUGCAAUCUCGGAAACUUACGGCGUCCCUCAAAGCACCGUGUCCACUGUCGUCAAAAACAAGGAGAAGUGGAUUGCGAUGCAAGACAAGGGCAAUCUUCGAAAGCCACGAGCCGUCUCGAACGAACGCCUUGAAAAGGCCAUGAAGCUGUUUGUCCAACAAGCGCGGGAAAACAAUCUGCCGCUUUCCGGGAUCAUGAUCCGUGAAAAAGCUAAGGAUUUCGCCUGUCAGCUCGGCUUUACUGAGUUCAAAGGAAGCGCCGGCUGGCUCUCAAAGUUCGCAAAACGGCAAAAUCUUGCGUUCAACAAGCUCUGUGGCGAGAGUGCCAGCGUUGAUACGAACAUGUGCGACGACUUCAAGCAGAAAACGCUGCCGGAUCUGGUUCGCGGCUACGAUCCGAAGGACAUUUACAACGCUGACGAAACUGCCUCGUUCUAUAAGUGCCUCCCCGAUAAAACCUACACGAUGCAGAGUGAGGCGUGCCACGGCGGUAAAUACUCCAAGCAACGAAUCACCGUCCUGUGCGCCACCAACAUGGACGGCUCGGAUAAGUUACCGUUGUUGGUGAUCGGUAAGAGCAAGAAGCCGCGUUGUUUUAAAAACGUGAAAUCUCUCCCCGUAAUUUACGAGAGCAACUCGAAAGCCUGGAUGACUUCACUCAUAUUUGAGAAGUGGUUGAACGAUCUUGACAAGAAGUUUGGAGAAGAGAAUCGGAAGGUGCUGAUGUUUGUCGAUAAUUGCACCGCUCAUCCCAAACGCCUUCAAGACAAGCUGAUAAACAUCAACUUGCAGUUUUUCCCGCCCAACGCGACUUCAGUGCUGCAACCGUUGGACCUUGGAAUCAUAAAGAAUCUUAAGCAUUACUAUCGCUACUCUUUGGUUAAGCGCAGAUUGGAUGAAAUGGAGCAGAAAAAGGAUUUCUCCGACAUAACCGUUCUGGAUGCGAUAAAGUACAUGUCCAGGAAUUGGGCAGCGGACGUGAAACCGUCCACUAUCGCCAAUUGCUUCGCCAAAGCCGGAUUCGUCUGUCCGGAUGCUGAUCAACAAUGGAAUGAAGACAUCCAGGAAGAUCUUCCCACCAUUACAGAUGAUAUGAUGGCGCACUUGUCCGAAGGUGUCUCAUUUUCGGCGUAUUGCAAUGUUGAUGACGAUUUGACCACUGCUGAGCUGAUGUCGGACGACGACAUUCUCGAAUUCGUUACUGAGCCAAAAUCAGUAAACGGGGAAGACGUCGAAGAUACGGAAGACGACCCCCAACAGCCAUUGGAAGUGACCAGCAGCAUGGUUCGUAACACGCUGGGCGCUAUGAACAACAUUCUGGCGGCUACUGAAAAUGUUCCUGCUGAAAUGUUUGGAAUUUACUAUGCGCUUGAACAGUUUCUUCAGCAGAAGUACUGA